CUGCGGCUUGUAACUGCGCAUGCGUGUCUGUCAGGUGAUGGUACUGGAUGUCACGUGACGUAAAAACAGGAAGUACAGUGCCCUUCGUUGUUUGUGUUCUUGGAAAUGUCUCAAUUCGUUGAUGAAUGAGCAAAAUGUGAAUGUUGUCACCUUUCCGUUGUAUUUGGUUUUGUUCCGUGUGACGCGGAGUAGCUGGAUAAAUGAGUUUUCGUGCUUUGUGGAUUAUUACUCACGAUAAAGGCGAAAAUGCUUCAGUUCGCUUUUCAAGGAGGUUUGCCACAGUUGAACACCGUGCAAAGAAACUUGGAGGCUCCUUGUAUGUCGCAGUUCCAGAGGACAGCACUGUACUCAGACUCCUGCUCACCGAGCUCAGCCUCUCAGAUCCACACAAGCCUUUCGUCCUUCUCAGAGAUGAUUGCCGUCGCUGUCCGAAAACGCCAGCUUUUGAGCUACGCGUCGGUCCUGGCCAGGAAACGCUCUGGCCAGUUGUGGUCAUCACUGAGGGAUCUCUCAUUGUAGCGUGCCUGGGUCUAGUGGACGUCCCUCUGGAGCCUCGUCCACCUCUAGCCAACCUGCUGUGUGUCUCACAGGGCAUCACCUUUCUGCUUGGAUUACAGAAUUUUCUCCUGGGUUCAGGGGGAAAGGUUGAUAAUGAGCUGAUGGCCUCUCGCCUGGAAACGCUUCCCUCUGUGCUUCUGCAGGUCUGCCCUUUUGGCACGCCUCUAGAUGUGCCGUCAGUCGGGGCACUUGCCAUGUAUUCUGUACCCAUUCCUGCUGGGAACCAGAAGCAGCCAGUCUGGAAGACGGGCUUUCACCGUGGACGUGCUGUUGUGAAUAUAGCACUGACAGAAACCGUACGCUGCAUGCAAUAUGGUCACCCCACUAAGCAGGACACGUGGGACGUGUACGGCACAGUGAUGUGCAAAUGUGAAGUGGAGGGGGUGCUCCCGGACGUGACAGUGACCCUCACUCUGCCACCCAAUGGGUCACCGCUGCAGGACAUCCUGGUGCAUCACUGCGUCACCUCACUUGAUUCCAGUAUUUUGACUGCAUGUAGCGUUGACAACAACGACAGCUCAUCCUUCUCUGGACCGUACAAGUUUCCCUUCUCUCCUCCUCUGGAGCCCUUCCGACUCUGCGGCUACACAUCACAGGUGCCUGUCCCCCCCAUCCUUGGGUCAUAUCAACUAAAAGAAGAGGAAACCCAUCUGCUUGUGUCAGUGACUCUGAAACUUCAUGAGAGUGUAAAGAACAGUUUUGAAUACUGUGAAGCACACCUACCUUUUUUUAACAGGCCUCAGAUGGGUUCUGUGGAUAUUAAAGUGAGCUCUGGACAUGUGGAAGUUUCCAAGGAAAAGAACUUGGUGGCAUGGAUUCUUGGACAAAAGUUUCCUAGAUCUCGUGACGUCACAAUGGAAGGCAGGAUCGCCUUUUCAGGGUCGACAGCAGGACCUGCUGAUCCCAUUUGUACAGACCUCACAGCUUAUGUCAAAUUGUACUUCAAAGUGCCUGACACAACACUCUCUGGAUGCUAUGUGGACCAACACUCAGUACAGGUGUAUUCCUCCGCUAAACCUAAAAUAACAACUUCUCGGGAACUUCAAUCUAAGGACUAUUACAUAUGGAAUUCCACGAGUCCCGCUCCUAUAUGCCAGCUGUUGCUUUAGGAUGGACUCAAAUCAAAGGAGCCACCGUAUUAAUGUUUUACACUUGUCCAUAUUUCCUUCCUGCGCCAUGUAAAUUGUUGUGAGAGUGGAGCUCCGUUUAGAGCACGAUGUACGUAUACUUCAUUUGUGUGACAAUCAUUCAACCAAUCAUUUGUGGCGUUUGAUAAUUAAACUGGGCGCACAAAGUUUUCACUGGAA